ACCGACAUUCGCCGAAUAAAGCCGAGCGGUGAGAUCAGCUGACCGAGCGGCUUCGUUCUUCGAUGGGUCCUCUUUCAGUUUAGAGUAUAAUAAUAGUAAUAAUAAUAAUAAUAAUAAUCUUUUGAUCGAUCAAAGGGACGCGGACAUGCCGUCGCUGCUGUUCUGCGGGCCGAAGAUGGCCGCGUGCGGGAUCGUGAUCAGCAUCUGGGGCGUCAUCAUGCUGGCGAUGUUGGGAAUCUUCUUCAGCGCCAAGUCAGCCGUGCUGAUCGAAGACGUCCCGUUCACCGAGGAUGACAUCCAUAACGAUAAAAGUCCCCCUCAGAACAUCUACAGUCUCUACAACCAGGUCGGCAUCAACUGCUUCAUCGCCGCUGCCGUCUACGUGGUGGUGGGCGCCAUCUCGCUCUGCCAGGUCCGACUCAACAAGCGGCAGGAGUACAUGGUGACAUAAAGACCUGCGGCGAUGGCCUGACCUUUGACCUCGAGCACCUGGUUCCUGUCCAUAAAGUUUAUUUAUGUCUCAACUCUGGAAAAUCUGAUUGGCUAAGAUUAAAAAGGGGGCGGGGUCAGGUAUCACCUGGAUUAUUUAUUUUGUAUUUAUGUGUUUGUUGUUGUUGUUGUUGUUGGGUGAAUUGUUGUUUCAUCCCUUUUCGUUGGACAUGAAAGUGACCAAAAGUGUGAAACACUCACGUCUGCUCGCCACAUUAAUCACAUUAACAAGGAAACUGGGGGGGCGGAGCCCCGAGGAUGCCUUCACCAUCAGCUGAGGCGGUUUUAUCGUGUCACAGGAACAAAGAUGAAGGCGUCGCUCGGGCGUCCUUCUCUGCUCGAACAGAUCGGAGGACAUGAGGCGGUGCUGUGUCUCUGAUGUGGGUCUGUGUUUGCUGGAACAUCGUUUGCAAUAAAGUGUGUGAGUGGAAAACUA